UGGAGAACAUCCUUCUGAAGAUAACUAUCUCCUUUGUGUUUGAGUACCUGCCACUACAUAAAUACUCAUCCAUUGGAAUUUAUUACUGCCAACAUGUAUCAUUCUGUGUCUGAAACCAGUCACCCUUUGCAAACAGAGGAACAAGAGAUAGGCAUUGAUCCCUUGCAGAGUUUCUUGAACAAGCCAGGGGAAGGAGGAUCAAGUGAAAAUGGAAGCACACCCCCCACCUCAGAAUCAGAUGGAACUUUUACCUCUUACAGUAAAGAAUGGGAAGAACUAUUUGUAAACAACAAUUACUUGGCAACUAUACGGCUGAAGGGGAUUAAUGGGCAGCUGAGAAGCAGCAGGUUCCGUAGUGUUUGCUGGAAGUUGUUUCUGGAUGUUUUACCACAAGAUAGAAGUCAAUGGAUUAAAACCACUUCAGACUUAAGAACUUCAUACAACAAGAUCAAAGAAAUUCACAUUACAAACCCUCGGAAAGCAGGACAGCAAGAUCUGAUAAUCAACAACCCACUCUCUCAGGACGAGGGGAGUCUUUGGAAUAAAUUUUUCCAGGAUAAAGAGCUCCGAGCAAUGAUUGAACAAGAUGUGAUGAGAACCUUUCCUGAAAUGCAGUAUUUCCAGCAAGAGAAUGUAAGGAAAAUUCUUACAGAUGUUCUGUUCUGCUACGCCAGAGAAAAUGAGCAGUUGCUUUAUAAACAGGGCAUGCAUGAACUUCUAGCUCCCAUUGUCUUUAUCCUACAUUGUGACCACCAGGCUUUUUCACAUGCCAGUGAAGCUGCACAACCCAGUGAGGAAAUGAAAGUUCUUUUGAAUCCUGAAUAUCUGGAACAUGAUGCCUAUGCAAUGUUCACACGUCUUAUGAAAACAGCAGAACAUUGGUUUUCAGCUUUUGAACAUGACAGUCAGAAGGAGAAAGAUGUGAUGGCAACACCUACGCCCUUUGCAAGGCCACAGGAUUUGGGGCCAUCUAUUGCUAUUGUAGCAAAAGUAAAUCAAAUUCAGGAUCAUCUGCUGAAGAAACAUGAUAUUGAGCUGUACAUGCAUCUGAACAGGCUGGAAAUUGCUCCACAGAUUUAUGGACUGCGAUGGGUAAGGCUCCUGUUCGGACGAGAAUUCCCUCUUCAGGAUCUUCUGGUUGUCUGGGAUGCUUUAUUUGCUGACAGUAUCACCCUGAAUUUAGUUGACUACAUUUUUGUAGCCAUGUUGUUGUAUAUCAGAGAUGCCUUGAUUUCAAGUAAUUAUCAGACCUGUUUGGGACUUCUUAUGCAUUAUCCACCUAUUGGAGAUGUUCACUCCCUAAUCCUAAGAGCACUUUUUCUCCGAGAUCCAAAGCGAAAUCCAAGACCAGUGACUCACCAGUUCCAACAAAAUUUAGAUUAUUACAAAGCACGUGGAGCAGACUUGAUGAACAAAACCCGUGCCAGUGCUAAAGCUGCCCCUCUGAACAUCAACAAAGUCUCCAACAGCUUACUGAAUUUUGGCCGAAAGCUCAUUGCUCCAGCCAUGGCUUCAGGUGGGGCAGUGGGCACUCCUGCCGGCGGGAGCAGCUUCCCUCCCUCUUCAAUGCCAAGCAGGAGCACAGUGGAAGCCCCUCAGCACCAGCAGCAGCAGCACCUCCACCACCACCAGCAGUCACAGCAGCAGAGGAUGAUGAAGUCUGAAAGCAUGCCAGUUCAGCUGGGCAAAGGCCAAAGUUCAAAAAACAUCAGUUCAUCUCCAAGCAUAGAGAGCUUGUCUGGAGCACGUGAAUUUACAGGAUCUCCACCUCUGUCUGCAUCAAAAAAGGAUUCCUUUUUCAGCACCAUCUCCCGCUCACGUUCCCAAAGCAAAACUAUGAGCAGAAAAGAGUCGGAGGAGGAAUUAGAGGCCCAGAUUUCAUUCCUACAAGGACAGCUAAAUGAUUUGGAAGCCAUGUGCAAAUAUUGUGCAAAGAUGAUGAACAUGCAUCUUGGAAAUAUUCAGGAAGUAAUUUUGCAAGAGCGCUUGGAAAAAGAAGAUGAAAUUCUGGUUUCCUUGGCUGGUUUGAAGCAGAUCAAGGAUAUCCUGAAAGGUUCAUUGCGUUUCAACCAGAGCCAGCUAGAAGCUGAAGAAAAUGAACAAAUCACUAUUGCUGAUGAUCAUUACUGUUCCAAUAAUCAGAACAAGGGGCCAGGCAAAGGGCCCCCUCUUCCUUUCUCUGCUGUUGUUUCACAGACUGAUUCAAGCACUAGUGAGAGCAAGAGUGCUGAUGACUAUAUUAUGGUUCCCAAAGAAGAGGAAAGAAGUAAAAGUGCUGUUCCAGAACCGGUGCAGGUCCUCCAGGCACAUAAGGAAGCAGCAGUAAAGCCAGAAGCUCCGUCUCGUUCUUCUUUGAUAUUUUCUGACCCUCUGAUGGGCUCCAUUUCAGCCUCCUCCAGCAACCUGAGCUCCAGCCCUGAUGAUGACAGUAGUAACAACAGCAAAGAUUCCGACUUUGCUAUUGUCAGCCCACUGGAUAUCUGA